UUGGAGGAAAGUCGGCACGAGGACCCGGUGCUGCUCGCUUUGAGAACAAGGAUUGUUACAAUUAUCACAUGCAACUUGAACGACGCGACAAGCGGUGCUGAGCCGCAAGUUGCUGUGCUAUGCGAGGCUGGCGCCACCUACCACCCUCAGUACAUGUCAGCCGCAGGAAGAUGGACCCCCGACCUCACCACGAAGCCCCACAACUGCUUGAAGGAUAAAAUGGAAAUACUGGACUAUUGCAAGAAGGUUUACCCGAGCCACGAUAUCACCAACAUCGUUGAAGCGUCCCACUACGUGAAGGUCAGCAACUGGUGUAAGCUGGGAACCAACAAUGCCGCUAAAUGCAAGGUCACUAGAUGGGUCAAGCCAUUCCGUUGUCUCGAAGGUCCAUUCCAAUCGGAUGCGCUGCUCGUGCCCGAGAGCUGUCUGUUCGACCACAUCCACAACCAGAGCCGAUGCUGGCAGUUCUCUCGCUGGAACGCCACCGCCGGCCGCGCGUGCGCACAAAGAGGACUACGGCUCAGAACCUUCGCGAUGCUCCUACCUUGCGGCAUCAGCCUGUUCUCUGGAGUCGAAUUCGUAUGCUGCCCUAAACAUUUUAAGGAAAACGUGAAAAUGCAUAAGCCAAUGGAUGUAGGUGUGCCAGUUAGCCCUGGUGGUGAAGAAAUGCUUGCAGCCUCCGCCGCUAUGGACGAGCGAGAUGAUGAUCUCCUUGAUGAUGAAGACACCCUCACUGAUGAUGAUGACGACACCCUCAACCUUAGCGAUGAUGAUGAUGACGAUGACGCUGAUGACGAUAUGGAUGAAGAUGAAGAUGCUGACCUAACUCGCGAUGAUGACGCCGAAGAUGAUGACUACACGGACGGUGAUGACUCCGGCUGGCCACGACCUGACUCCUCCGCCGCGCCCUCUACCACAACACCUACCACAACCACCACAACCACUACCACGCCGGCUUCCACCGCUACCUCCGACCCUUACUUCUCUCACUUCGACCCUCGCACCGAACACCAGAGCUACAAGGACGCACAGCAACGACUUGAGGAGACUCACCGGGAGAAGAUUACUAAAGUGAUGCGUGACUGGUCUGAACUUGAAGACAGAUAUCAACAGAUGAUGACCUCCGACCCCGCUGCCGCUCAAAGCUUCCGACAACGCAUGACCGCCAGAUUCCAAGCUAACAUUCAGGCUCUUGAAGAAGACGGUGUAUCUGAACGUCGCCGACUGGCAGCCCUUCAUCAGCAGCGAGUUCUGGCUCACCUCGCACAAAGACGACGCACCGCCCUCUCGUGUUAUACACGGUCCUUGAAAGACGCUCCUCCUAAUGCCCAUCGUGUCCAGAAGUGUCUUCAGCGUUUGGUCCGCGCCCUCGCCGCUGAGAGGUCAGGAGCGCUGGCCGCCUGGCGUCGAGCUGCUGCUGCUGGAAGGGAAGCUGCUGCCGCUGAACGAGCGAGUGCUGCAGACAGACUGCAGGACGCCGACCGCGCUCUCCAACGUGCGUUAACAUCUCUCCGCCGUCGGCCGCACCUGUACGCUAGCAUCGGAACAGCUAUCGAAGAUUAUGUGCAGUCGAUGCAGUCCAAGGACGAUAUGGCCGUCUCCCUGAUGUCAAUGACCCCGGAGGCUGAGGAGCUUCUUCUGGACCGCAUCGAAGCCGAGGUUCAAAGAGAGCAGGCGGCGCGGGAACAACUGAACGCUAAAAGAGACCAAAGGACCAGGCAGAGACAGGACAUUGAAAACGAACGGGUCAGGACUUCCAAUGGUGUGAAAGAGAGCGAAGAGGCUGAUGACGAAGCCAGCGAAGUUAGCGACACCGAGGACACCACCACAGUGUCUACGACGCAGAGCUCCCCCUCCCCCUCCCCGUCCCCCUCGCCGCCGGCCACGCCCACCGUGCAUGACGUCACCACCAGAUCAGCCUUCACCCAGGAGACCACAACCACGGAGAUCAUGACAAGUACAAUGACGGACGUUCCCGAAAUAGACACGGAGACAAGCGACGUGGUUGAAACUACCAGCAGGCGAGCUACUAGCGAGUCCGAGGGGUUAGGGCUUCGCGCGGCGUUGGAACAGGCCGAGGAGCGCGCGCCCCCGCCGCCCGCACACGCCCUCAAACACGAACUACAACACUCACAACCUGGCUAUACAAUCCGCGGUCCGUCUCCCUCCCCUGGUUCGGGAGCUCUCUACCCGGCCCUGUGUGUCGGAGGAGCAGCGCUAGCGGCCGCAGCGGCUGUGGCCCUCGCUGUAGCACGACGACGUGAUCGAGCUCCCUCCGCUCAAGGAUUCGUACAGGUGGAGCAGACCGGCGCCGUGGCUCCGACUCCUGAAGAGCGACACGUCGCCAACAUGCAGAUCAAUGGUUACGAGAACCCAACCUACAAAUACUUCGAGGUCAAGGAGUAA